GUUUAAUAAUAAUCAAAUGGAGACAUCCCGGAAUAGAAGAAAACGUAACCAUAAUAAAUCUACAUAUAAUGGCAUUAAUGGAAAUAUAUACUAUCUUCAAAACGCUCCAACCAGUCCAAGUUAUAAUACCAGCUCUGAAGAUUUUAGGAGCACGAGCAAUAGCAGCAAUCUAGUCCUUCCGAACUGAAAUAGUAAAUAUUCCAACAGAGAAAACGAAGCUCAUGAGGAUACGAAAUCCGAAAUAGCCAAUCUAGAGAGCGAGAUUCAAGAAUUUCAGCUAGAAAACCAACUUCUACAGGAUGAGAAAUCGAUUUACGAAAGAAGGUGAAAGCAGUACAAAGAUAGUCUCUCUCACCAAAACGAAGAAUCUCUGAAGGAAUUCAGACACCAAGUCAUUUCCUUCCUUCACCAAUCAGAUGAGAUCCUCAUGGAUGAUGGGGACCUUGAUGUGAUGGAGGACCCUGUCUUUCUUCCAUGAGGUAGAUCUGUCUCCUCUGCUACUUUCGAUAGUAUAAAGAAAGAGAAUAUAUAUGACCCAAGAGAUAGGACGAAAAAGUUAGAGCAAAAGAUACCUAAUACUUGCUUAAGUAACAUUAUAAACCAUAUUGAAAGUUUCAAGAAAAAUUUCAUUCAGGAAAGUAAAUCUCAAAAUGGUACCGAAGUCAGUAGCUAUGAGCAAGUCCUUCCUAAGAGAUCCAAGCUCAACGGGUUCUGGAGAAAACAAAACAAGAUCUUACAGGAAGAUCUUCAAGAAGUCUCAGCUGAAAAUAGAAAGCUGGAAGAAGAACUUGAAGCUUUUAUCAAAAGAAGCUAUGAUUUAGACAAGAAAUGUGACCAACUUCACCAAGAUCUAGGCUUAAAGGAAAAUUUAUUAAAAAGAGAGAAGUCUAAGGCCUUAAGAUUAAAAGAAAGCUUGUCUAAAAUGGGUGCUACUUCAAACCCAGCUCUUGUAUUCAGGAAGAUUAUUAAAGAGAAUCAAGAUAAGACAGCACCAAGAACUUCAUUCAAAAGAUCAUGCUUUGCUAGUCCUAGACCAACUCCCAAAUACAAAAAAUUAUCAGACCCUGAAUUUAAUUUUUACUAAAUCCUCUCCCAAUCUCUCAAUCAUUAAAACAAACCCAGGGUACUUUC